AUGAAUGAUACAAAUCAACUUCAACAAUUAGAGCGGAUAGUUCGUGAACUACUAGACAAAAACACAAAUCUACAACACAAUUUUGACAGUUUACAAGCAAAGUAUACGGCACUGGAGAAUGAACUCCUGGUGUCACAAAAAACAACAGCAAAAUUAGUUGUAGAUGUCCAGGCCUUAGAGCAGCUCAAACCUGUGCAGGAUUUGAACGGACUUAAACAAGAGUUGCAGAGUAUAAGAUCACAAACAAAUUCUUUGGCUUUCAACCAGCAGGCGAGAAACCAGGACUUAAUAGCGUUAUAUAACGAGACUAUUAAUAACCAGAAGAGGGUAAAUUAUCUAGGUAAACGACAAGAACUUUUCCAAAAUCAAACACACCUGGCCUUUAAAGCAAUGGAAAACAAUUAUAAUACAUGUAUGUCGGUUGUCUAUGGCAAAAUAGAUCAAAUUGAGAGGAGUACGAAUAUGACUGAUGCUCGUGUUGAUAAAGCGACAGAGAAAGUGGCAAUGACAUCCUGCGUUAGUCAUGAUAAAGUUUUGUCAGGUGGAGAGACUAUCAAAUUUGAUGAAGUGAAAACCAAUGUAGGAAUUGACAACCUUUCUUCGUUUCAAUCCACUGGAAAGUUUAAUUGCACCCAUGAAGGAUUUUAUAUAGUUUCUAUUUGGGUGCUGGCUCAAGCUGCCUCCCGAGCUAGCAAUGUCUAUAUCUAUAAAAAUUCCAAGAUCGUAUCAAAAACCUAUAUAUAUGAUAAUAUAUAUGAUACCGGUCCUGCUACAGUAGCAGUCGAGUUAGACGUGAAUGACAAUGUGUGGGUGCAAUUUGAUGACGGCAAAGUAGAUAGUUAUGGGUCUUCGUAUGCUGGGCUUCGCUUUUCUGUACAACGAUACAGUUCUCCUGGGGAAGGAAUUCUACAUCAGCGGGAAACAGGGACGUCUAUAGGUAUUGACUGGAAAAAUAAGUCAGCAUGA